UUGAGAAACCCUCCCACCUGUGCAUUGAUACAUCUCCCACCUCAAAUUUCACCAAUUUCUCAAACUCUCUCAACAUCCAUUUUGAAAAAUGCCUUCUGAAGAUUCAAAGCCAGUGAAAAAAGAGGAAUUUGAUGAUGAAGAAAGCAUUGGUUCUCUUUUAAACAACAAAAAGAAACCUAACAACAAUGCUGCUUCAAAAUCUCAGCCUCCCAAAAAUGCUAAGGUGAAGAAAGAAGAAAAAGAUGAUGAUUUUGAAGAACCCAUUUCCAAAAAGACCCCUAAAAACCUCAAGCUUAAAAAAGAAGAAGAAUCCUCAUCCAUGUCCAAGAAAAACUCCAGUAAAACUGAUAAGAAAGUUGUGAAGAAAGAGGAGGUGGAGGAUAAGAAGAAAGGAACAAAAAAUGCUGACAGCAAUGUGAAGAAAAGGGAAAAGAAAGUUUAUGAUUUGCCUGGUCAGAAGAGAGAUCCUCCUGAGGAAAGAGACCCAUUAAGGAUUUUCUAUGAAUCCUUGUACCAGCAAGUGCCCAACAGUGAACUAGCAGCUAUCUGGAUGAUGGAAUCUGGUUUGCUUCCCAAGGACUUGGCAAAGAAAGUUUUGGAGAAAAAACAAAAGAAGGUUCAACAACAAAAGCUUGGUUCACCUAUGAAAACUGUUGUGACUGUGAAAAAGAACACAGAAUCUAUUACUGUUACAAAAAAGACAUCCUCAACCUUUCUAUCAACACAGACAAAGAAAACACCAGAUUCUGGAGCUAAAUCGAAGCAGCAGUCAAAGAAGCGGAAGAAGGAUGAUUCUUCUGAAGAUGAAGACUCAGAUGAUGACUUUGUUUCCUCUCUGAAAAGUGCUAAAAAACAAAGAGCAUCUUGAUUUCUUGUAUUAUUGACUAAUGACAUGCUAUUUCUGAUUAUAGAAGAGAAUUUAACAACUAGGCACCAUCAUAUAGCAGAGUUUGCCAUGGCUAAAUCUUUUAUGUAAAACAUACCAUUUGAUGAGCUGUGAUUCUUUGUUACAUGCUUCUCAAUUUCCAGCUACUUGUAUGAUCUAUUUCAGAUGUGAAAUUUGGAGAAACCAUUCUAAAAUCAUCGAUCUAUUUAAACAUUUGUUCUUUCUUUUCCC